UUGUUUUUUAAAUUACUACAGAAUAGAUGUGCUUUGCCUAAUUUUGCCGCGGUUUCCGCUUGGCAGCUGAGUACUUGCCGCGAUUCGAUUAAUUUUGAAGUUUUGACUAGGUUUUGUUUUAAGGAUAUCUUUAUAUAAACAUAUUGAAAGGAAAGCCAGCAAUUUUUCGUACGAAAACCAGUGUAAACAAAACAUUGAAACUUCUGGGUGUUUAUUGCUAGUAAGGCAAAAUGAGAGGCAUCAUUGUCCGAGUCCGCUUGAGGCAUUUCAU